GAAGGGUCACAUUUUCUGGUUCUGCCUUCAUGAUGCCAUGGAGGAAGCUUCCGAUUCAAAAGCACAUGGCGUUACCGCUUGCCGUAGAAUCUCCCGCCCACACCCUUUCUGCUGUAAAAAGCCUUCUGAUUUCCCUGUUAAUCCAUCACCUCCCUUCAAACAGAAGGGAUAAGAGAAAGCCGAGGCUUUUCAGAAGGAAGCUUCUGCUCAGACAAGGUGCUAGAGGUUGGUUCUGAGCUAUUGGGCCGGGACGCCAACAGAAGGAAGAUGGUCGUGUUGAAGAUCCUUCUGCUUCUUCUAGGCACUUUGCCAACAGUCACUCCCUGUUUCCAGCUCAUCACCCCCUCCAAGUGGGGAGCCAAGCCUGCUAACUGUUCCGCACCCUUGCAGACCACCCUGCCGGAAUAUGCCGUCAUCAUCCACACGUCCGGAACUCCCUGCAGGUCCCGCGCUGAAUGCGCGAGAGAGACAAGGAAUGUCCAGGAUUACCAUCAACGCAUCAAAGGGUGGUGUGAUAUUGCCUACAGCUUCCUGAUUGGUGAAGACGGAUAUGUGUACGAAGGCCGAGGCUGGCGCAACGAAGGUGCUCACACUUAUGGCUACAAUGAUUUGUCUCUCGGCAUCGCCUUCAUUGGCACAUUUACUGAGAAACUUCCCAACCAAGCGGCAUGGAAAGCACUAAAGUGUCUGCUGGAAUUCAGUGUGAAGGUCGGUUAUUUGGCCUCCGAUUACCUCAUCGUAGCCCACAGCGACAUCAGCGAUAUGGUAUCGCCUGGCGACCCCGUCCUCCGAGAACUUACCAAGUGGUCAAACUAUAAACACAACUGAAGAUCGGUUCUACCACCUAUGCAGUCUUUGGCCUUCAACGCUUGCUGUGGAAGUAUAUGAAGAAAAAAAAAGAAAAUGGCAAUAUAUAUAUAUAUUAGACUAUGGGUGGGCCUUGUAGCCAGA